CCUCUGGCAACUCCAGAUAAACUGUUCACCAUUUCUGAAGAUGCCAUCAUAUGGCCCACCAGGUUCAACCAGGCACACCCUCUUUCAGUGUGUAAUGACAAUUGCCUUCCUGGCUAUCACAAGACAAAGAAGGAAGGGAAACCAUUUUGCUGUUAUGAUUGUCAUCCCUGUCCAGAGGGGAAGGUUGCAAACCAGAAUGAUAUGGAUGGCUGCUUCCUAUGUCCAGAGGGCCAUUAUCCAAAUAUUAACAGGAAUUUCUGCCUCCCAAAAACGAUAACCUUCUUGUCUUAUGAAGAACCUUUGGGAAUAGGUUUGGCCAUUGCUGCCCUCUCCCUUUCUCUCAUUACAGCUCUGGUGCUGGGAACCUUUAUGAAACACCACAAGACGCCCAUUGUCAAAGCCAAUAACCAGAGCCUUUCCUACACUCUCCUCGUCUCCCUCCUGCUUUCUUUCCUUUGUGCUUUUUUAUUCAUUGGUCGACCCAAUGCAGUGACAUGCCUCCUUCGACAAACUGCUUUUGGCAUCAUCUUCUCGGUGGCUGUUUCUUGCAUGUUGGCCAAAACCAUCACCGUGAUUCUAGCUUUCAUGGCCACCAAGCCAGGAUCCAAAAUGAGGAAAUGGAUGGGGAGGAAAGUGUCUGCCUCUAUUGUCCUUUCUUGCUCCCUUAUUCAAGUCACUCUUUGCACUGGCUGGCUGGCAUCUUCUCCACCGUUCCCAGAAUUGGACAUGCAUUCAGCUGUUAGUGAGAUCAUUGUGCAAUGCAAUGAAGGGUCAGGUGUAAUGUUUUAUUGUGUAUUGGGCUUCAUGGGUUUCUUGGCUACUGUCAGUUUCACUGUGGCUUUCCUAGCCAGGAACUUACCAGACACUUUCCAGGAAACUAAGUCAAUCACCUUCAGCAUGUUAUUGUUUUGCAGUGUUUGGUUAUCCUUCUUUCCCACAUACUUGAGCACCAAAGGCAAAUACAUGGUGGCUGUUGAGAUCUUCUCCAUCUUGGCUUCCAGUGCUGGGUUACUGGGUUGUGUCUUUUUCCCAAAGUGCUACAUUAUUUUGCUGAGACCUGAUUUGAACAAAAAGGCACAUCUAAUAAAGAGAAUGAUUUGA